ACUACCUUUCGACGUCACCGCAAAUGAUUUCAUAGAGUUUCGAUUAGUAUGCUGGAGCUGUGAAAUGCUUAUUGAUCGAGUUUAGAAUCGUUUCUGAAUUUGAAGACCGAGGAUCUGAUUCCAAUCUUUAGACGGAUUGCUAUUAUCAUCUGAGGAGAAGAGGGGUUCUUUUUAAAGAAUUGAGUGGCAGUUUAUGAGCUAAAGAAUGGAUUUUUCUCAUGAAACAAGUGAUCUUCAAUCGUUUAAGGACCAUGGGGAGAAUGUAACGGGUAGCAGAAGCUCCGUUGUCCUAGCUGAAGUGUCUGUUUCUGACUUUUGUUCUAAGCAAGAAAACCGGGAAAGUAAUAUGAAAGUGAGUCCUAUGACCCAACACGAUGAUUUGGAAAACUUUCUUGAAUUGGCUGAAAAUCCUAGCGAGGACUCUAUGCGCCAAAUUAUAUCCGAUACUGGGAAACUUGACCUCAAGUCUUCACCUGAUGGAGUAGGACAGUCAGUUUAUGAUCAUGACAUAUCCAGUUCUGCUGAUUCGGGUGAUGGGUUACUUAAGUGUGAAGGGGAGCCUAAUACUAGGAAUGGAGAUCCAGCUCAUCUAAUAUCUAGGACUAAUGGAUCUGAUUCUUCGUUAACUGUAGACAAUGAUGAAGGGAAUACUACUUUGGAUCCACACAUAGGCACUAUGAAUAUCAAUGGGGCACUGUCACCCCAAAAUAUAGUGGUUGAUAGCAAUGGAGAUUCGGGUUCCAGAAAUUGUGAAGAAGGGAAGUACUUCUAUUAUGAAACACCUCUUUGUGAAGACACGGGGGCUUGGAUACCUGUUUCUGUCCCUCCAAUGACUGAAAAUGACCGCGAAGAGUGGACCAGAGGGCGCUGCUCAAAUGGUGGUUACGUUCCAGAAGAAGAUAUGGGCUGGAAUCAGUACAUUGGUGAAGAUAAAGAAUUGACCAUGUGGGAUGUGGUGGUGGAGAUGUUACUUGCAGCGCGUGGAAAGUUGAAUUCUCUUGCUUCUGGGGAUAUUAUAGGAAUGUCGUUGAUAUCCACCCAGUUAGUUGAGCAAGCAUGGAAGGAAAUGGCUCAGACCCUGACAGAGGCCAAUUUCAGUAGCACCCAAGAAAUUCUCGAAUCAGAGCCACCUAAAUGGCUGCCGGAUAGCUCUGCUUCUUCUUGUAUGCUUUGUGGUGUGCGUUUCCAUCCUAUCAUGUGCACAAGGCAUCAUUGCAGGUUUUGCGGAGGGAUCUUUUGUAAUGAGUGUACCAAAGGAAGGAGCUUGUUGCCUGAAAAUUUCCGUACCGGAGAUCCUCAAAGAGUUUGUGAUGUAUGCUGUGUGCGCCUCGAGUCUGUGCAGCCUUACUUAAUGAAUCAAGUGAGUCGUGCUUCGCAGUUCCCAACUCAUGAUUUGACAGACUUGAGCACUUUAAGAUCUUGGGUGAAUUUCCCAUGGGGACAAACGAUGGAGUAUGAGAUUUACAAGGCUGCAAACACAAUCUGUAGCUAUGCUAGCGUUGGUUUGAGACAAGAGAAGAGAAUUCCAGAAGCCAUUUUGCGAGAUGCAAAGGGGCUCGCGAUACUUACAGUUGUGAAGGUUGGAGCUGUGGUUACCUACAAUGUUGGAACUGGGUUGGUGGUUGCUCUUAGGGAAGACGGAUCUUGGUCUCCACCCUCCGCCAUUUCUUCCUUUGGUGUCGGCUGGGGCGCACAGGCAGGAGGAGAGUUAACCGACUUCAUAAUCGUGUUGAGAACAUACGACGCUGUGAAAACCUUCUGCAGCGAUGCACACGUCUCAGUCGGAGCCGGUGCUAGUGCUGCUGUAGGAACCAUUGGUCGUACUGCGGAAGCUGGUUUGAGAGCUGGUGAUGGUGGAUACGCCGCUUGCUAUACAUACAGCUGCAGUAAAGGUGCCUUCAUCGGGUGCUCUCUCGAAGGAAGCGUGGUCACAACCCGUGCUCGGGAGAAUUCCAGAUUUUAUGGCAGCCAAUCACUCGACGCGUUAAAGAUUCUUCUGGGUUCGUUACCUCAGCCGCCUGCGGCAGCCACUCUUUACCGGGCACUGGAAGACUUGUAUAGGCAGAUGGAGAGAUGAUUGUAUGUAUGGUGAAAUUGCAAGAGGAGUUUGCACUUUGCAGUCGUCUAUCUUUGUACAGAAUCACUCAUUUGUUAGCUGUAUAAAAGUAGUUGGUGGUUGGAAAUGGUUAUGGCGUGUGGAUACAAUGGUGAAGCACAUACAAAGAAACUGUAAUUGUGCCAUUUUAAUCACAUUUUCGAUUAUUGAUUUGUUA